AUGGAGAGAGAUUGUCAUCCAUUACUGAGGGGAGGAAGAAGGAGAGAAAGCAAGUACAGUCAUGGAUUAUCUUCAGUCGAAAUGGAUACUCUGGCCAGUAUAUGUGAAACCUUCAUACAACCCGUUUCAUUGAUCAAUUCUGAUCAAUCUUCAAAUAACAAUAUCAAUCAAUUUCUCAUGGCUUCUGGUUCUCAGAAUCCAAUUCCUGAUGAGGUGGCGGAGAUGGUGAAGAAAAGGGUGGGGGAAGCAAUGAUAUUGCUAAGAUUUGUUUUGAGAAUCCUUUCAACAAAGCUUGGAACUUUAUUCAUCUCGGGGACAGAUUGUCUUUCUACCAAAUGGGCAUGGCCAAAUGUCUUCUCUCAAAUGCCUUUAGCCGCUAGGGAGAAAGUCAUCCAUAAAUGGAUGAACAAUACAUUGUUUUUCAUUCCAAUCAGGCUCGCUUUCGUUCUCAUCAAAUUCAUGCUCCUUUAUAUCUUCUAUUCUCGAGUAAAUGAUCAUAACUUCGACAAUCCUUCAUGGGCAGCCAUGGGAUAUCAUGUCGACAGGUCAAGAAAGCAAACCAUGGAUCAUCACGACAGGAGGCGGCCUUUACAAAAGGGAAUAGUUGAAAAUGAUGAUACCCUCAUAGCAUCCCUAAUCCAGAAAGGCCUUAAAAUCACUCAUGAUGAUGAUUCUAACAACGUUAAGAUAUCAUGCGACGUGGUGAUUGUGGGAUCUGGCUGCGGUGGAGGUGUCGCGGCGGCGGUGCUGGCAAAGUCGGGACUGAAAGUGGUUGUUAUUGAGAAAGGGAAUUACUUCCAUGGAGAUGAUUAUUCGUCUUUAGAAGGACCUUCGCUUGAACAAUUAUAUGAAAAAGGUGGCAUGCUUCAAACACUAGACGGGAAGAUUAUGAUAGUUGCUGGAUCGACAGUAGGAGGCGGCUCAGCUAUUAACUGGUCGGCGUCUAUCAAAACUCCGGAAUUUGUUCUACGAGAAUGGGCAGAGGAAAGGAAUGUUCCAUUUUACAAAACCGAUGAGUACGCGAUCGCGAUGGAAAAAGUAUGCGAGAGAAUUGACGUCACAACCACCCAGAAAUGCCAUCGCGAAGGGUUCCAAAACCAAGUCCUUCGUAAGGGCUGCGAAAAGCUAGGACUAAAAGCAGAAUUCGUCCCCAGAAACUCAUCUGAGGAUCAUAACUGCAGCUUCUGUUGCUACGGUUGCAGGACCGGAGAGAAACGCGGCACAGACACGACUUGGUUGGUGGACGCGGUCGAAAACGGCGCAGUUAUCAUAACCGGAUACAAAGCCAUUAAAUUUUUACUAAUCAAGAACACCAAUAACAGUAGUUUGAGAAAACACAAGUGCGUUGGAGUCAUCGCCCAAACCUUAAACCCUACAAAAAGAAAAACCCAAAUCAAGAUCGAGGCCAGAGCGACGAUUUCCGCAUGUGGGUCACUUCUGACGCCGCCUCUGUUGCUAGCGAGUGGUUUGAAAAACAAACAUAUUGGGCGAAACCUGCAUCUCCACCCGGUUCUAAUGGCGUGGGGAUACUUCCCGGAAUCAAAAAACCCUGAUCUGACCGGAAAAAACUACGAGGGAGGAAUAAUCACUUCCUUAAACAAGGUAAUGUCCGACGAAGAUGAAACGAACGUGAGAGCCAUCGUGGAGUCACCGAUAAUGGGUCCGGGUCAAUUCGCGGCCUUAACGCCAUGGGAAUCCGGGAUGGAUUUAAAGAAGAGACUGAUGAAGUAUUCAAGAACAUGCCAUUUGUUUUCUCUCAUACGAGACAGGGGUUCGGGCGAGGUUAGGAAGGAGGGACAGAUACGUUACGAAUUCGAUCCGAUUGACAGGGAGAAUAUGAAAGCAGGGUUGAGACAGGUUUUGAGGAUCUUGAUAGCUGCCGGUGCGGUUGAGGUGGGAACGCAACAGAGCGAUGGAUUGAGGAUGAAAUGCGGCGAGGGAGGAGAUGGGAUGAAGGAAGAGAAGUUGGAUGAGUUUGUUGAUAGGGUUAGUAGGGCGGGUGAUGGGCCGAGAUCGAUGUCGAAGAGUUGGAAAAUUUAUUCGUCGGCGCAUCAAAUGGGGAGUUGUAGGAUCGGGAUGAAUGAGAAAGAAGGGGCGGUUGAUGAUAGAGGUGAGACUUGGGAGGCGGAGGGGUUGUUUGUUUGUGAUGCUAGUGUUUUGCCUACGGCGGUUGGUGUUAAUCCGAUGAUCACCAUUGAAGCAACUUCUUAUUGUCUUGCUACAAGGAUUGCAGACUCUCUUAAUUAG